AUCGAACAAGAGUUGAAGAGAUCGAUCCUUAUCAAUGCUGGACUCAGUCUUGCCGGCUUCUUUGUUACUCUCAAGAUGAUACCCGUGGCUUCUAGAUAUGUUCUGAGGCGCAGCUUGUUUGGGUACGAUAUCAACAAGAAGGGUACCCCUCAAGGAACUGUUAAAGUGCCUGAAUCAUUGGGAAUUGUUGUAGGCAUCAUCUUCUUGGUCUUGGCAAUCGUGUUCCAAUAUUUUAACUUCACAGCAGAUUCAAACUGGCUUGUUGAGUACAAUGCAGCAUUGGCAUCUAUCUGCUUCAUGAUUUUGCUUGGAUUUGUAGAUGACGUCCUGGAUGUUCCUUGGAGAGUGAAACUACUACUGCCAUCAUUUGCUACUCUUCCCCUGUUGAUGGCAUAUGCUGGACAUACAACCAUCAUCAUUCCAAAGCCUCUAAUUCCAUAUGUUGGGCUAGAGGUGUUGGAUCUAGGAUGGAUCUAUAAAUUAUAUAUGGCACUUCUGGCAGUCUUCUGCACGAAUUCCAUUAACAUUCAUGCUGGUUUGAAUGGUCUUGAAGUUGGGCAAACAGUUGUCAUUGCAUUUGCUAUUAUGGUACAUAAUAUCAUGCAAAUUGGAGCAUCUUCAAACCCUGAGUAUCAGCAGGCCCAUGCAUUCUCUAUUUAUCUUGUUCAACCGCUAUUGGCCACCUCCUUGGCUUUGCUUUCUUACAACUGGUAUCCUUCUUCCGUCUUUGUUGGUGAUACAUACACUGUCUUUGCUGGAAUGACCAUGGCUGUUGUCGGGAUUCUAGGACAUUAUAGUGAAACACUGCUGAUUUUCUUUCUUCCUCAAGUGUUAAACUUUCUUUUAUCAGUUCCUCAGCUUUUCGGCUUUGUCAAAUGUCCUCGGCAUCGUCUGCCUAGGUUCAAUCCUGAAACUGGACUACUUACUGGGACACCCGACGGGACACUAGUUAACUUUUACUUGAGAAUAUUUGGGCCAAAAUCAGAAAAGUCACUCUGCAUCCACCUUCUCAUUGUUCAGGCUGUGGGAUGCUGCUUCUGUUUCCUCCUGAGGUACUUACUCGCUGGUUGGUAUAAAUAAGGCAGCGACAUUAAAGAGCUGCAAAAUCUCUUCCUAACAAACAUUUGAGUGUUCUAUACAUCCUUCGGUGGAAACAAAUGACCUGCGAUUUUGGACAUUGUUCGGGAGCAAAAACUGACAAUAGUAUUGAAGCAUUAAUGUACUUUUUGUGAGAUCACCAUCCGACUACAUCUUGUAUUUGUCUUAAUUUUUCUGUUCAGCUGUAUUUUUGACUCUUAGGCUGCAUAAGAUUUGUGAAAAAAUGAAACCAUGGUUCAAUA